CAGUGGUUGAGAUAGCCGUCCGAAAGGGUCACGGUGGAGGUUCGGGAAUAAAACACGGAUAAAGUCAGGGUUCAGGUGGAUUUUAAGCGAGCCAUGGGUGACGUCGACGGCUUCUACCACAUCCCUCAAACAGCUGGAGCUCGCCUUGGGUCCCAGUUCAGUGCUGGAAUCAGCACUUUGGAGCCAGGCCAGAGCCUGAGCGCUGCCAUGGGAGGCAGCGGAAAGGCACAGGGGAAGGGGCUUCAGGUCCGGGUGCAGGGUCUGGAUGACACCCAGGAGUUUUACGACCUAGAGGCAAAAGCUAUCGGUCAAAUGCUUCUCUCAGCGGUCUUCCAGAGGUCUAACCUCAUUGAGAGUGAUUAUUUUGGCUUGGAGUUCCAGAAUGUUCAGAUGAAUUGGGUUUGGUUGGAACCCAUGAAGCUUAUUGUUAAACAAGUGAGAAGGCCUAUGAACACAUUAUUCCGACUGUCUGUGAAGUUCUUUCCCCCGGACCCAGGGCAGCUGCAGGAGGAGUUCACAAGAUACCUGUUUGUGCUGCAGCUGAAGAGGGACCUGAUGGAGAACAGGCUUCCCUGCACCGAGAACACUGCUGCCCUUCUCAUCUCCCACCUGAUACAGUCGGAGAUUGGCGAUUAUGAUGACACGGCAGACAGGGAGUUCCUGAAGCAGAACAAGCUAUUGCCCAUCCAGGACCGACUGCAGGAAAAGAUUAUGGAUCUCCACCGCAAACACCUAGGUCAAAAUCCAGCAGAAUCUGAUUUUCAAAUCCUGGAAAUUGCUCGCAAACUGGAAAUGUAUGGGGUGCGCUUCCACCCUGCUGCAGACCGUGAAGGUAGCAAAAUAAACCUUAGCGUUGCUCACAUGGGCCUGCAGGUGUUCCAGGGUAAUACAAAAAUAAACACUUUCAACUGGUCCAAGAUUCGCAAGCUAAGCUUCAAGAGAAAGAGGUUCCUGAUCAAGCUUCAUCCAGAGGUUCAUGGACCCCAUCAGGAUACACUUGAAUUCACCAUGGCCAGUAGGGACCACUGCAAAGUGUUCUGGAAGAAAUGCGUAGAACAUCACUCAUUCUUCCGUCUCUUCGACCAGCAGCAACCCAAAGCUAAAGCUGUCUUCUUUAGCAGAGGGUCCUCCUUCCGAUACAGUGGGAGGACACAGAAGCAACUUAUGGAGUAUAUGAGGGACAGUGGUAUUCGACGGACACCCUACCAGAGGAGGAACAGUAAGAUGUGUGGGUCUACUCGCUCUCUGGCUUCUGAUGUGCCAAAACAGAGCCUGAACUUCAGUGAUAGCCUGAGGGUGCCUGAGUCUCCAAAUUCAGUCUCCUUCCACUCCCUGCAUAAUUCGAGCCCUACCCCUCAUCGAGAACCCCUUCAGCUGCAGCACCAGCCUUCCAAACAGUUGCAGCAGCCUACCGGGAUACUCAGUUGUCCAAAAGAGGAAUACUCGAAGACUGUCCCUCCAGCCCACACUUUCCAAGGGAGCUCGCUGGACAGUGCUCAAUCGCCACCCUUCGAUUCAAAGAGCCCUCUUACCCUCUCGCCCUCCACCCAGAUGUCCGCACUCAGCCUUCCAGGCCGGACACCCUCACCCCUGCAGAGCCCCAUUCUAAGCGAGGUGGGCAGUCCUCGGCUGGGAGAGGAUGAGGAGGGCAGAAGGAAGAGGUUUCCCACCGACAAGGCCUACUUCAUUGCCAAAGAGAUCCUAACUACAGAAAGGACCUAUCUAAAAGACCUCGAGGUCAUUACUGUGUGGUUCCGCAGUGCGGUAAUCAAAGAGAAUGCCAUGCCUGAAGGCUUAAUGAACCUGCUGUUCUCCAACAUUGACCCUAUCUACGAGUUUCACAGGGGUUUUCUCAAGGAUAUUGAACAGAGGCUGGCACUCUGGGAAGGACGGUCUAAUGCCCAUGUUAAAGGGGAGUACCAAAGAAUUGGGGAUGUAAUGCUGAGUAACAUGUGUGCCCUGAAGGAAUUCACCAGUUACCUGCAAAAGCACGAUGAGGUUCUUACUGAGCUGGAGAAGGCCACAAAGCGACUCAAGAAACUGGAGACUGUUUACAAGGAAUUUGAGCUGCAGAAGGUCUGCUACUUGCCCCUUAACACCUUCCUGCUGAAGCCCAUCCAGCGACUCAUGCACUACAAGCUAAUUCUUGAGCGGCUCUGCAAGCACUAUGCCCCCCACCACCGUGAUCAUAGUGACUGCAAGGAGGCGUUGAAAGUGGUGGCUGAGAUGGCCGCUCAGCUCCAGAGCAGUCUCAUCCGACUGGAGAACUUCCAGAAGUUGACAGAGCUGCAGAGGGACCUGAUUGGCAUCGAGAACCUCACAGCUCCUGGAAGGCAAUUCAUCCGAGAGGGCUGCCUCUACAAACUUACGAAGAAAGGGUUGCAGCAGAGGAUGUUCUUCUUGUUCUCAGACAUGCUCCUGUACACCAGUAAAGGGGUGACUGCCACAAACCAGUUCAAAGUGCAUGGACAGCUGCCUCUACAUGGCAUGCUUGUUGAGGAAAGUGAAAACGAGUGGUCUGUGCCCCACUGCUUCACCAUCUAUGCGGCACAGAGGACCAUUGUUGUAGCAGCUAGCUCUAAAGUGGAGAUGACAAAGUGGAUUGAAGACUUGAACAUGGCAAUCGACAUGGCCAAGAAGUCUAGAGAGAAAUCUGAAAUUGUUCUGGAUCCUGGCCUCUGCGAUAGGUCCAACAGGUCCUCCGAUGAAGUGUCUCUGGAAUCGGAAGAUGACACACACUCCUCCCGCAGCUCCCUGGACAAGCAGACGCACCACCGUGCCAACACCACCAUGCAUGUCUGCUGGCACCGCAACACCAGCGUCUCAAUGUCUGACCGCAGCCUGGCCGUGGAGAACCAGCUGUCUGGGUAUCUCUUGAGAAAAUUCAAGAACAGCAAUGGCUGGCAGAAGCUGUGGGUGAUCUUUACAAACUUCUGCUUGUUUUUCUACAAAACACACCAGGAUGACUUCCCCUUGGCGAGCCUCCCGUUGCUUGGUUACACAGUGAGUACUCCAGCAGAAGCUGACAGCAUUCAAAAGGAGUAUGUCUUCAAGCUGCAGUUCAAGUCCCAUGUGUACUUCUUUCGGGCAGAGAGCGAGUACACCUUCGAGAGGUGGAUGGAGGUGAUCAGAAGUGCAGCCAGUGCUACAGGCCGCUUGAACCUCCUUGUUCCCAGGGAACCUCUGCAGUAGGAGGAGACACAGACGGGUGUUUCUAUGACAUUAUGGAUGCACAAAACACAACCGC